AUGCCCCAUUCCUCAGACUCAGAAGCCGAAGAUGAGCUCACACUCAUGCUGCUACUUGUGGAGGAGAUGAUGGAAGCAGAGGAGGAGGAGGAGGAGGAUGAUCAGGAAGAGGACAUUGUCUUGGGUGAACUAGCGGCUGCAAUGAUAGAACAGGCAUGGGAAGUGGGUGUCAGGAUGAGGAACACACACUGCCUAUACCUCGUGCAUCAUGACUUGCUCUCUGAUCCAAGAGAAGCUACUCCAUGGCAGCGACUGUAUCAUUCUCGCAAUGAUCGUGCAUUCAUCACAACCAUGGGCUUUGAUGUUCAAGCUUUCGAACAAAUGCUCCACGGAGGAUUCCUGCAUCGCUGGAACAGCAGAAUGAUCAAUUACCCAAAUGUGCAUCCUGGUGGCCAUUCACAUCCGAAUCACUGCUCUCUCGACGCAUCAGGUGCAUUAAGGCUAAUUCUGCACUGGGUCACAUUGACAAUGCACAUACUACUCGAGACCCUGAAAAGCAUGCCAGAGGCUAGGAUCACAUGGCCACAGACUCAAUCCGAGUUCAAGCAUUAUAAUGACCUCAUUAUUGCAUCAUUUGGGACAGCAGAUGGGUUGAAUCUGCCUGUGCAGGUGUCUGUGGAUGAGGAUUUGCAGAAUGCUACAUAUAAUGGAUGGCUGCAUGACCAUUUCAUCAGCAAUGUUAUCGCUUUUGCAUCGAAUGGUGAAAUUAUUCAUUACACCUUCAAUGCACCUGGCAGCUGGCAUGAUUCUUGUAUUGCCCAUCGGCUCUAUGAAAAACUGCUGACAAAAACACCCCCGGACUACUACCUUGCAUGCGACACUGCAUUUCCCAGAUCAUCGUCAAUCGACAAUCGCAUCAAAGUACCUCUCAAAUCCAACUCAAGACUUCCUACAGACCAUUCUGCAGAAUGGGGAAUGCGCGAUCUACAAGGCUCUGAUGCUCACCUUCAUCUGAAGUUACUCAAGCUGGUGGGCCAUCUUCAUCAAGUACAUGUAUGCCUUGUAGGCAUUAAUCAGAUCAAGAAUGUCUACGAACCUAUCUGGCAGGAUGGAGAUGAGCUUCAGCAGUUGUGGUUCAACUGGCACACAAUGCUGUUCAAGAAUGCACGAAAGGCAGAUUGUGUAGCUAGAUUUCAUCACGUAGCAAACUUAGAGUAG